AUGUCGAACGCGUCCCCAGUGUCGACGCCAGGCGGUGCUGGUGCUGGCCUCGGAUCGGCCUUUCCCACCGCUCCAACCCCAUCCGCGACUGGCUCGUCGUCCUCUGCGCCUGGGUCGAUCGGUGCUGCGGCUGCCUCGUCAUCUUCAUCAUCGUCAUCAUCAGCCACGUCAGCGGGCGCCAUUCCACCGGCGGCGUCAAUGGCAACUGCACUCGCUGCCGAGGACGCGCUGACCAAUGUGUUUCGCUUGGUCUCGAUGGAUAGGAUCUGCUGGAGGCGAUUCGAGUACAAUCCAAGCACUGCAACGCCGGCUGCAUACGAGCGAGGUGGUAACAAUGCCGGCGAACUCGAUGCAAGCGAUGAUGGGCUGUUGGAUGGAAGCCCCGAUCUGGAUCCGUUCGCCGAGUCGUUGGAGGACACCGAGUACCUGUCGAAAUCCGAGCGCGAUGCGCAACCUCAGAUUGUACGCAUGCUCAAGACUCCGCUCGUUCGUGCAUUCACGCAACUGCUCUCUCAAGGCAAGCCCGUCUGCUGGACGCAAAGUGCCACGAGAGACCAUGCGCUCGAUGCCGGGUUUCUGGAGCCGACGUUCUCAUCAGCGUCCGCGAAUCGCAACAGCAGGCCACAACAACAACAACAACAAGCAGAUCCAUUCGGCGCCCCACCGACUGCGACCUUCGCCUCCAGCUCUAUUCAGACUCUGUGGGUGUUUUCUUUCGAUGGCAACAAGCCACCCCUCGUGAGCGAUGGCGUUAGUCUUCACCGUCUUACAGAGAUUGAGUCAGGAACUCUCGCAGAUGCCGAUGACAGCCAGUCGGCUUUCGCGGGUCCGCUCUGGCGACCAUUAUGCAAAGCUGUGACGAACAUGCUGGAGCGGCAUUUUCUCGUUUCCGGCUUUGUUCGAGUGGAUGACUUGUUUGUACUGAGCGACCCGGACUUUGACAACUCGGCACCACCAUUGGCUUUCUCCAUUACCCUUCAUGCACAUGACGAUGCAGUGUUUGCACAUGCACGAUUACGGUCGUCGUCUGUCCGGCCAAUGUUGUUCCAGGACGCCGCCCACUUUUUGCCUUCGCCUUCUUCUGGCACUGCAGGGGACCACAGCGCCAGUGCAACGCCACAAUUUCGGUCUUCUGUCGCGCCACCAUCAAGGUUACAAGUUAUCCUCGCACCUCAUGGAUUUCCAGCCACCCUUCGUGGAAUCGUUUGGGAUGAUGAACCGAGUGACGACUCGCUGAAAGCUGGAGGCACGAGCCAGCACCCGCUGACAGAAUCCUGGGCUGAAGCGUUGGGAUGCCCCGAAGGCACUCUUUCGGGACGGGUGGCCACUGCAACGUGGCCUGGUGGUCGGUGGCCAACUGCUGUUCUCGUUACCCUCAGCAGUAGCCUGCUUGAAAGUCCCAUUCCGUUUGAUUCGAGUUACUCUACUCCACCAAACGAGUCGUCGAUUGACAGCAGCGCCUUGCUCCGGACGUCCGAUGCGACACUGGCGUUUGGCAAUGAAACAGAAUCACAAACCACGUUGGCAUAUCCAACGCAGCUCGUUUUCGUUGCGAGCAACGACUCGUUUGCCGAACGAUCUCGUAAACGAGGCACAAACAGCACCCGCAACUUGCUCGAACGCACCUUUGCGACCUGUUGCUUUCCUGACAGCGGCCCGUCCACAGGGUACUCGCGCCAAUAUUUAAGCUUGCUGCUUGAUCCACGAACUCCGUCCAUGCCACAGCACAUUCGCAAUGCUGCGGUCCAGCGAGUCAUUCAUACUUUUCAACAACAGCAACAACAACAGCAGCAGCAGCAGCAGCAGUUACUGCAGCAACAGCAACAGCAGCAACAGCAGCAACAGCAACAGCAGCUGCAACAACCACAGCCACCGCAGCAACAGCCGUCCUCCAAACGCAAACUCAAAGCCACAACUCCCCCUUCAGAACUUGCUGCUGAAAGCUUAUCGGCGAAACGGGCACGAAUCUCCGACGAAGAGACACCAGACUUGCCAAACCCGACCGUCGUCCUCGAGCCAAUGUCGCUCGUACUUCUCGACCAGGAGCCUGAAACCCCGUUGAUGCAAGUCGAAUCUGACGUGUUUGAGUCGGAAUUUCAAGGCACGUAUGACAAUGCGCGAGCAGGCCGAAUCCUUUCUCAAUUCCCCGACUUUAAUGAAGCUUCAGAACUGGAGCCAAUGGACGUCGCGAUUCCCGAUAUGUCCGACUUGGACGCGAGCGAGUCCCUCUUGUUGAACCCGGACGACGCCCUGGAGCACUUGUCUGAAGUGCUUAUUCCUAGGUUCCGGUAUAUGCCAAGUGCUCCCCAGUACGACAGUGUGACGCACCCGUGGCUGGACGAAGGGCUUUCGCUCCGACCAACCGCUGCGUACCAGCCUCUCAACCGCAUCUCCACCACUCCUGCGUGGUCGUCAUUCCCGGUGUGGCUUGCUGGUCAGUCUGGACGCCAUUCGACAACGUCGACAACCCGACACCAGCAGUCGGCAUUGAUGCCGGAAGCCAUUUCCGAUGACCACGACCUUGCGGUGAGUGAACCACUGUCACCAACGGACGAGGCGACUGCAAACGACCUCGUUUCGGCAAAGCUUGCAGAGGCCCGCAAAACCGUUUCGUACACGACAGAUUCGUUGAAAUCGUUUGAUUGGGCUGCUGUCUUUGAUCGCGAUCGUGAGCUCAGCGAGUUUGUGGACAGCCCGUCUCCAGACCACGAUUCUGGAAUGGCCGAUUCCUCGUCGGCCAGUCUCAGCUCCAUGCUUCACACACUCGGAUACUCUGUGCCCGCUGCACUGCGCCGGUCUGUGCUCGCAUCGCUUCCCGCCGCCUCCGCUGUCACGCGUGGCACAGGCACACUGCCGCUACCAACAGAGAAUGUGGCUCAAGAGGGUCGUCGCGAGGAUGACCUCAGGUUUCCAAAGCUCGGAUCCAAAGAUCACCCGCUGGACCUCACCGGCAACGUGGAGGAUGUGGACGAUGAGGCUUUUAUCGUCAGCCGGAAGAAUCUUCCCCUUGACAAACCUGUCAUCACACGCUCGUCGAUUUCCGCUCCUGCAACGCCGAGCCAAGCGCAAGCGCAGCGUGACUCGUCCUUGUCCUCGAGUGCGACAGCCAGCUCGACGCCGCUUCAGGACGACCCCUUGGCUGGAGCCACGGCGCGCCGCCAACGACGGCAGGCACGGCAGGCUGCGCGGUGGGCUCGCCAUCCACUGACAGACCCUCGCUCGGCUUGGCUCAGCAUGCUCUGUGGCGCGUCUGCGGACGGAUUCAGCGCCGAUGACGAGCUGCCUUCGCCGUUUCUCGAAUGCUGGGACGACUCGGUCACCGUGUUUAGGCCGCCUAGUUGGACACCUACCGGAACUCUGUCGGCCGGGGACAUUGCAGCAGCCUCUGCCGGCGGUGUACCAGCGGCUGCAGGGCCCAACGCAACCUCGACAAUGCUUGCGCGUGCUCAACGCAAUGCCGGUGCUGCCACAGCGGCAGCCGACUUGCAGCCUUUCGUCUCUACACCCUCAGCGCCCGUUGUGGCUCAGUCUCCGGCCAUCGUCAGCGCAGCUGCAUUGAGCGUCGCUGCAACGGCCUCUCCGUACCAUCACCUCGACUCUCCCCUGGCGGCGUCCGCAUUGCGGUCGGUCGGUGGCCCCUCCCGCGAGACACCAGCAGCAGUAGCAGCAGCAGCAGCAGCAGCAGCAGCAGUAGCAGUCACGAGCCAGCUCUUACCGCAGUCUCAUCCUCAGACGAGCGCGACGCAAAACAAGUCGCAGCCGUUUGCCAAUGGUGCAAUUCGGCCCAAUGCUCGAAACGAGCCGUGGUUUAUUCCGGACGCCCGUUCUCAUAGCCCCCCUUGUGCUGCGCCCAGCAGCUGCGUAGACUGCAUCCGCCAUUAUAGUCUCGAAGUCGCGGCCGGGCAUGGUUCUGCAGUCCCAGCAACGCUGCCAACCGCGGGUGUCGUCGCCGAACUGCCAAGGCACGGUGUCACGCAACUGCCCGACUGGGCUUUGCGAACCCCGCGGCUGCUGACGUCCCGGCGGCUCCUCUCAUUGCGGCACCUAUCCCGCUCUGCCGUCAACAAUGCAUCCUCGGUGACCGACUUUACCCUGACUUGCUGCACACUGCCGCCGCUGCACCCUUCCUUGUUUCGUUCGUUCACAGAGAGCAUUACCGAGCUGCUCGCCAGCGUCUGUCCAAGUGUGACGGCCCCGUUAACCUUUGGACAGCUCGUUCGUCACUGGUCUGGCGACACGUCGUCCGGGCGGCGUAUGGCAGACCGCGAGGGCUUGGCUCCUUCCUCGGCGCCUGUUCCGAUGGAAGAAGUCCUGCCGUCGUUUGAAAUCGAGGGGGACAUUGCUCCAUCCAGCCAAACACCAUCGUUCAGACCAACUGGCAGCGAUACCCGUCCUCUCUCGCUCGUGGGUCGCAGUUCGUUGGAAUGGCUUGGAAUUCCAGUCGUCGCCGCCGUUCGUGCGGGUCGCUUUAUGUCAUUCACGCCUUUCGUAGCCUCGUACUGGGGAGUGCUUGGACUCGAGCCUCUGAGCGGACCGCGGCCGAUUGCUUGCACGUACGUCCACCCCGACGUGCCCACUCUCGCCGCAAGCGUCCUGUCGUUUCAUCGCGAACUUGGUCAAGCAUUCAAGUCGAUGCGACUGGGACGAAUUGCCUUGCAUACAAUUAAUUCGCGAACUGUUCAGCCUCUGCCCAUCCCUCCAGACACACCAGCGGAGUGCCAAGAAGAGCUGACAGCACUAAUGACCUCGCUGACACGCGUCGUCGAGCGCAUCAAAAGAAUGUCACCGACCGUUCCGCCAGAGUUUUCCGCCUUGCCAGACCCUCCGCCGACGGCCUGUCAGAUUGUCCACAUCAUCAACCCGUUCACGGCCGGCCGGCACUUUGCAUUGCUGUGCCAAUGUGCAGCCAUCGCCAUGAUGGAGCUCAACGCCUUUCAGCGAGCGCGAGUCUUGUUCCAGAUUUGGCCCCUCGAGCAAUUCUUGCGCGCUUCGGGCGUGUCGGGUCUCACAUCCAGCCUGGCUACUCCCCUGGACCACGCUGUUCGCGGUGCAGACUCUACGUGGGCCGAGUCCAUUAUUCGGCUUGCUCGCGUGUACGCCUUGAGUUUGUUCCAGCGUGCCCGCUCCGUUCUCGAGUCAAGAGUCACGACCCUCGACUUUAACAGUAUUUGGCUGAGCACGCUCCAGCACCGCCCAAAGCUGGCAACCAACAUGUAUCCGCACACUGGACCCAACUUGACGAGUGUGGCCAAUCGGCUCUUGUGCCUUGUCACGGAACCUGUCUCUGAAAUCGCGGUGCCCGACACAAAAACUGCCAAGUCGCGCGCUGCGUCGGUGAACAUUGCCCGACAAGACGAUUUCGUGCUGCAUGUGGCAUACCUCCUUCUGAAUGGCGGUAAAACCGUGGCAUUCGUGCUGACCGAUCGCCGCGGUGAAACUCUGGACCAUCACGUGGUUGACUUGGAUGUGGCCGCGGCCUUCAACCGACUCUGCAGUGCCUGCGCCGGGCAGGGCAAGCAGCUCGAGAAUCUCGACUUUAACCAAACCCGUCUGAAUGCGCUGCUGGCCACAUGCCUGGUGGAAAAGCUGUGGGAAGCGAUUGUGGGCUUUGUCGCGACCACAACCGUGAGCUGGCAGGUCGUUGUCAGCAAGUUUGGUCGUAUGAGCCAAGCCGAGCGAAAUGUUCCCUUGCACGCACACGCAUGCACCGACUACACUAUCGGUAGCUGUCCAGAAGUGCUGUCACCGACUACACUAUCGGUAGCUGUCCAGAAGUGCUUUCCCGGUGUCGAACCGCCGUGGCGGGUCACUGUCGACGUGACGCAAUCAUUUUCCAUCGUGCUCGGUCACGAUCGUGGCAUGCUGCCACUGAUGUGCGCCCCGCCUCUCCCACAUCCACAUGCGCACCCGAUGGAUCCCAUGAGCGCAAACUUGAGCGUGUUGAAUAACACGGAGGUCGAGUCCACGUUCCUGGUGAUGAAGGCUCGUCUGAUUUGCGCCUUCAUGCCGCCAAACAGUGUCGAAUCGCUGUGGAGACCUCAGACACCCUCAGGGCAUCAAUUGCUGCUUCGGCACAUUCUCCAGCAAUUUGCUGCGCUCUCAUGGCUGACUGUGAGCCCCGUGGCGAGCGAACGACAGUCCAUGCUUCCACUACACUUUCGUGUUUUGGCCCAAAUUGCCCACUGUGUGAAACAAGGAAGUGCCCUUCCACAAAAGUUUGUUUGA